CCAACACUGAAGGUAUACUCAUCAACAGCAUAUCUCUCUUUUACCUGUUUGAGAUUUUCCGUACAUCUCUUGAGAGAGUUCCAUCAGAUGGGAUAGAAGGAUUUGGAUGGGAAGCUAGCAUUUUCGAAGGUUGAACCGUCUUAGUCCAAGAUGGUAGAAGCAGGGAAGGUUGCUGUAAUCGUCCUGGGGCUGGCCGCUGCCCUCGGUUACUACCUUACCAGGAACACCAAACUCAAGAUUCCUGUGAGGGCCGAGCCCGAUAAGGAAUACGAUUACAUUAUUGUUGGUGGAGGUUCGGCGGGGUGUGUCCUGGCUAACCGUCUGAGCGAGGACAAGGCGAGUACGGUCUUGUUGCUUGAAGCCGGUGACGAAGGCACAGCAAAGGAGCUGGAGGUGCCGUCAAAAGGAGCGGGUGAGGUCCACGGUCCAAGGGAUUGGAAAUACAAGACUGUCAGACAGGAGAAUGCAUGUGGAAAUUGGCCAAAUAAUGAGUGCCUCCUGCCAAGUGGCAAAACCCUCGGUGGUUCCAGCGCCAUCAACACCCUGCUUUACGUCAGAGGCAAUAAGGCUGAUUACGAUGAAUGGGAUAAAAUGGGUGCGACUGGUUGGAAUUAUGAUAACGUUCUACCAUAUUUUAUAAAAGCAGAGAAUACAGAAGAUAAGAAACUAAAGAAAUCGCCGUACCACGGAACCGAAGGUCUUCUAAAAACGUCUCUUGUGAAAAACACACCUCUCGGAGAUUAUCUUGUAGAAGCAGCAGCAGAACUCAAUUUGACUAGUGGUGACUACAAUGGUGAAGAACAAAUCGGAGUGCAUUAUUCGCAGACGACCAUUGGUGACGGCAUGCGGGCGAGCACGUCUCGGAUGUACCUCUUCCCAGUCAUGCACAGGAAGAACUUACACGUGGUGGUGCAUGCCGAGGCUAACAAAGUUCUUUUUAAAGGCCACCUGGCCGUUGGUGUAGAAUACGCUACUCCUUUAGAUACCCAUGUUACCGUGCUGGCAAGGAAGGAAGUGAUCAUUUCAGCAGGGGCGAUUGGUAGCGCCCGACUACUGCUGUUGUCUGGAGUGGGACCAAAGGACCACCUACAGGAACUUGGUAUUUCUGUAGUUGCUGACCUACCAGUUGGGCAAAACCUGCACGAUCACCCGACCACUUGGGGCCCUGAGAUCUACAUUGACAAACCAAUCUCCAACCUGGAAGAAACAAGAUUUGAAUUUCUCGAAGAAUUAAAGUACGAUUGGUUUCGAACAGGCAUUCACUCCAAAGGAAUGUUGAUUGACAACAUGAUAUGGAUCAAAACAAGACUACAGAGAAAACCGCAGCCUGAUGUCCAAAUUCAGAUCUUGCCAUUCUUUGCUACUUCAGACGUUGGUCAGGAUGGAAUUGUGAGACAAUUCAAUUGGGAUGAAAAGGUAAGGAAGGACUACUACGCCUACAAGAAGGGCCAGCAUGGCUUCACCGCCAUGGUCUUCCCCACCCGCGCUGCAUCUACUGGACAUCUCAAACUCAAGUCAAAAUACCCAGACGAAGAUCCGCUAAUUCAUACCAAUUAUCUAGCAAACAGGAAUGACGUCAAGCGGAUGAUUGAAGGAAUUCGAUUCAUCGAGAAGCUAUUGGCCACCAAAGCAAUGAAGAAACUGAGACCUAGAUUUCGCGAAUCUGUGAGAAAGAUGCCUGGAUGUGAGCAACUCGAAGCGGGAUUCUCUGACGAAUACUGGAAAUGUUAUUUGAAGCAGAACGUACAGACGAUGUACCAUCUUGCCGGGACCUGCAAAAUGGGAGGGGUUGGCGACCCUACCGCUGUAGUGGAUCCGCAACUUCGAGUGAAAGGACUCCACCACCUGAGAGUAGUUGACGCAUCUAUCAUGCCAUUUGUAGUCUCGGGUAACACGAAUGCCCCAACUAUCAUGAUCGCUGAAAGAGGGGCUGAUCUUAUCAAGGGGUUCAGCUCAGUAGAACCUGUCGAUCUCACCAAGAAGAAGAGGACUUAUUAACCUCAGAGAAAAAAAAUUAUGACAGUUACAUUUUGCUUAAUAGAUAGCUCUUCAUGUUAAAAUCAUUAUAUCGAACUACAAGAGGUGAUGGGUGGUCACACGUGUGCAAACCCGCUGCGAACGACACCAAGUUUCUUCACCCAGCGGAGGCUUUGGAGCGGUAUAUAUUCUGUUGUACUCGUAUCAAAAAUGGUUGUAGCAGUGAUUACGCCAUGUUCAUUUAUUGUCAGUGUAUAAUAGUCGGAGUCACAUAUUGCUUUUGAAUGAUGUAGCUUGUAAAUUUUGAUUUUGAUAACAAACUGGUGCUUUCUUGUACAGAUCACGCCACAUCAGUGUGAUAUCGACCACUUCAAAUACAUAAUGAGUUGCAGGUCGCUUACAUGUAGGUCAAUACUAAACACACUUAUAAUGCAUCCCUUAGUCAAUACCAAAAUGUACAAUAAUGACAUAUUAACACCGAUUGGCAUAAAAACGGUUUCUUUACCUGAUGAUUAAUUAAUUACAACGAUUUCUCAACACAAGAUUCGUCGUCCAUCUGUGAUAUGACUUCCGCUAGGUCAAUCAACUAAUGACGUAAGUUCCGUUAGCAUAGUCUGGAGCAAACAUGCGAUGUGGUCUAACGCUUGUCAAAAAUAACCGCCGUCGUCAAGCAAGAUGCUGAUAGCCUGGUCGGUUCGCUUUUGAAAAGCAUCCCCAUUAGAUAUAUGGAAAACUUCUUAUCGUGGAUGGAAUUUCUGGAUUUAAAAAAAAUUCCAAACGGAAACCAGGAACGUUAUUAACAUUAGGUAAGCACAUUCGUUAAUUUCCUUUAACAUAUCAACAUGUGAAACGGUAAGAAGUCCUGUUCAGGAUAUAAGACCAGUUGCUUGCUAAUGCACCACUUCGUCGCAAACUUCCUUCUUCCUUCUUUCAGGAAAGCAAUGAUUAGUCUUCUGGAACUACAAACGGCAUCAGUGGGUGUCUUGCGAAAGUCAUUGACCAAUAAAUCAUUCACUCUGAUCCCAGAUCGAAAAUUAUAACACUAUGAGUAACGAUCUUGUUCAGUUUCGUAAAAUGUGUUCAUGGCAUACCUUCACAUGAUUUUUACAAGAAUCUUGUAGAAGAAACUGAAUAAGUAUAAAACGAUCAUCGGGAUAUUCGACCUGGACUUCGUAGUUUUAUUGCUUAAUCUUACAGGACGAGUGCCAUUUGGUAGAUUUCAUCAAAGUAACAGUCUCCAAGAUGACGUUGUAUACAUAUCGCAUCAUCAGUGUUACCUUCGUUCUGUCCGCUUCCAUGAUGUCCACAGUCAAAGGACAGGAAUGCGCACAAGUCAAGAAGAUGUCACUGUUUGCUGAUGACUCGGUCUACCUGGGUCACACGCUAAAGAUAUCAAAUGCACGGAGUGUUCUUGAGUGCAUUGCACAAUGCUCCAGCAUGACAAAUUGUCUAUCAUUCCAUUAUUGUAAGAAAAGUGGCCUCUGUGAGCUGAACUCAAAUGCAGCGAGUACCUUGGCGGCCUUGACCUCAGAACCCGGAUGUAGGUACUACACGCAGACUACUGUUG